AUGUCGUCUUGGGACUUUAUCGCAAAACUAGUUGCUAUUGGGGACAGCGCAACUGGGAAAUCUUCGUUGACUAUCCGCCUUUGCGAAGGAAGAUUUAGUCCUCAUCACGAUGUCACGAUAGGAGUGGAGUUUGGAAGUCGGAUCGUGCCAGUUGGGCCUCCAAAUACUCAACCACCAAAAUCAAAGCCAGGGGUUUCAAGAGACCCAUCGUUAGUAAAUAUUUCCGAAGGACUGCCAGAGCCUCGACGUGCAGAACCACAAGUGGAACAGAGGCAUAUGAAACUGAGUUUAUGGGAUACCGCCGGACAGGAGACAUACAAGAGUGUGACACGGAGUUACUUUCGUGGCGCUUCUGGAGCACUGCUAGUAUUCGAUAUUUCAAGGAGGCAAACAUUCAACCAUGUGCAAGACUGGCUGAAUGACCUGAGACAGAUUGCGGAACCAGAUAUCGUAGUCGUUCUAGUUGGGAACAAGAGUGAUCUGGCAGCAGGAGAUGAGAACAAGAGAGAAGUCACAAAGGAAGAAGCGGAGGAAUGGGCCAAGAAGAAUGGGGUGCUGGAGUACGUUGAGACGAGCGCUAAAAGUGGUGAAGGAGUAGAGAUGGCGUUCGGACGGGUGGCGGAGAGGAUAUAUCAGAACAUCGAAGCUGGCAAAUACGACUUGAAUGAUAGGAGGUCGGGAGUCAAGGGUCCAGGUGCUAUAGCAAACAGAGGCAAUGUCAAACUGGGUGCUCCCGCGAAGGCUGGUUAUGGCUGCUGUUAA